AUGUAUGAAUUAAUAAUUCCAUUUUUCCAAAAAAAUAAAAUUUAUCACAUUCCAAAAACCGUCCUUUUGUAUAUGAUUGAACUUUUUGAUCAACUUCAUUCCAAUAUGAUGAUCUUGCUACCCUUAUUGAUUUUCAACGUUUUUGCUUUGGUUGACGAAAAGCAAGUAGUUGAGGAAAUUAUUGACCGUGACAAAUGCGAGACGUGUUGCCGUGUACUAUUUGCUCUUGAGUACGACCCUAAUACCGGUAACAAAAUUCCCAACAACAGCCAGAAGCAAUAUGUUAUGGACGUCGAGUUUGACACCGUCUCUAUGAUCCGAAUAGACAUUAAUGCGGACAACGUCCAGAAAAUGCGAGUGCGAGACUUACAAACCGCUCGUGAUCUUCAGUACUGGGAAUUUGCUUCUUAUCAAAUGUUCUGUUUAUACUCCUUCCCCAAUCGAGUGAUGGACAUUUUGUUUAACACAAAGUUCCAAUCGCCACUCAUUAUUUGGAGAAGAAAGGCUCCUUUGGAUCCAAAUACUAACAACCAAAGAUUCACUUAUAUCUACGACUACUCAUUCAUGGAUAAAAGACACUCCCCCUAUGCAAAAGCUUUUAUUGCUGAAUACUAUCAAAAAGUUGACAAUUGUAAUGACUGGUGGUACUGUAAUGAACACCAAGUCAAUUAUGACAAUUACAAGUACGUUGGAAAAGAAAUGUGCUUCCAUGUAUUAAAUGAUAACGCACCAACUUACUGCGGCGUAAGUUACUACAACAGUUAUUCAAGUACCUGCAGCUCAAGUUACUCGAGCAGCUUGAGAGCAGAAGAUUGCAGAACUUCUCCUGCUGACCAAUUCUACAGACAGAAAUUCAUUCCAAUCUUUGCUUAG